AUGAACAACAAUAGCACACCAACUCCGACCAUGAUGCCUUCUUCCUCGAGUACAACCAGCAAUAAUGGUGCAAAUGUUCACCAUCAAAAUUCUUCGCAAGUGAGUGCUUCAUCAUCUUCUCUUUCCAGCGCAGAAUCCUCAUCAUCCACUCCGGUUCAAGCCCAACCUUCUCAAGUAGAGCCUACCAUGUUUCCAAGACAAAUCCCACAUAACAUGAGCUUUUCUGAUUUGAUGGCAGAGGAAAUGGCUUUAUCGAAUCAGUCCAAUGUGGACUUGGAGGCAUUGCAACAAACAAAACAAAAGUUUGAUUAUAAGAAUUUACGUCCUUCUCACUUUAAGAAGAUUCGAUUGUUAGGACGUGGAGAUGUCGGUAAAGUUUACCUUGUAAAACACAAGGAAACUGGUAGAUACUUUGCCAUGAAGGUGCUGAAAAAAGAAGAAAUGAUUCAACGAAAUAAGGUCAAGAGAGUGCUCACCGAACGCGAAAUUCUUGCUACUACCGAUCAUCCCUUCAUUGUCACGCUUUACAGUUCUUUCCAAUCAAAAGACAAGUUAUACUUUAUCAUGGAAUAUUGCAGCGGAGGAGAGUUCUUCAGAAUGCUACAAAAGCAGCCAGGAAAGUGCUUGCCAGAAUCUUCAGUUAGAUUCUAUGCAGCAGAAGUACUUUUAGCUUUGGAAUAUUUGCACUUUAUGGGCUUUAUUUAUCGUGAUUUGAAACCAGAAAACAUUUUACUCCAUCAGAGCGGUCACAUUCGAUUGACUGACUUUGAUCUCUCGAAACAAACAGUCCAAACAGUCACUCCAAAAAUUGUGAAAGGAUUUUUCUCCUCUGAUAAGAAGAGCAAGCUAGACACGAAACAAAUUCAACAAUUUAACAGUUUUGUCGGAACAGCUGAGUAUCUUAGUCCUGAGAUUAUUGCUGGAUGUGGACAUACUUCGACAGUUGACUGGUGGACAUUCGGUAUUCUGAUGUACGAAAUGCUUUUUGGUACAACACCGUUCAAAGGAUCUUCUCAAAAAGAUACGUUUAAUCAUAUUCUUCACAACAAGCUUGAAUUUCCAAAGGACAAGCCAAUAUCUAAGGCUUGUAAGGAGUUGAUUAAGAAAUUGUUAGUUUCUGACCAAGACAAGAGAUUGGGACAUAAGAAUGGUGCUGCAGAUAUUAAGGUUCAUCCAUUUUUCAAGGGUAUUAAUUGGGCUUUGAUCAGAAACGAAACACCUCCAAUCAUUCCACAAGUUACUGAUCCAGAGGAUACUUCAAAUUUCAGACCUCUUGUGGAUAGCGACGAAGAAGAUGAAGAUGAAGGUUCAGAGCAAGAGGAAAAUGCUGAAAAUAAUCCAUUCAAGAAUUUUGCUUACACCUCCCAAAAGAAACUUUCUUAUGGAGUAGACAAGCUCGAACCUUCAGCACAUCACGACAGUCACAAAGACAAAGAAAUAACACAAACAAGAACCAGUGAGGUAAAACAAUAA